UGGGGAGUUAGUUAGUUAGUUAUUUUUGAUUAUCACCUUAAUUAAAGGUUUUGCUUAGGUUUCGAAAAAUGGCUAUGGCUGACUCUGAAAUGGAAGAAGAAGAAGAAGAAGAAGAAGUGGUCAACGGCCAUGGCUACACAGUAGACGAAGGUCUUUCUUCAGUAGGUUUCGGAAAAUUCCAAAUCAGAAUGCUUUGUUACGCAGGUCUAGGCUACUUCGCUGACGCCUCAGAAUUAAUGCUCCUCUCAUUCAUAGGUCCAGCUCUUCAAUCUCAAUGGUUACUUUCCUCAUCUCAACAGACUCUCUUAUCAACCGUCGUAUUCGCCGGAAUGCUUGUCGGAGCAUCUUUCUGGGGUCUUGUUUCAGAUCAAUUCGGAAGGAGGGUUUCGUUUUUAGGCAUUUCGAUUCUUAUUACUCUUUCUUCAUUUUUAAGCUCUUUUUCUCCUAAUUACACGGUUUUGUUGAUUCUUCGUACUCUCGUUGGCGCUGGCUUGGGCGGUGCUCCUGUGUUCUCGUGUUGGUUUUUGGAGUUUGUUCCUGUUUCGGAUCGAGGGAAAUGGAUGGUUGUCUUCUCAACUUUUUGGACUUUUGGUACCAUUUUUGAGGCUGCGCUGGCUUGGAUUGUGAUGCCGAGACUGAAUUGGAGAUGGCUUCUUGCUCUAUCUUCCUUACCAUCAUUCGGAUUAGUUCUGUUCUACCCACUAAUUCCAGAGUCUCCAAGAUAUUUGUGUGCAAAACACAGACUUGCUGAUGCACAACAUAUAAUGGAGAAUAUAGCUUCGCUCAACCAAGCAAAACUCCCUCCUGGAACCUUGAUUACCGACUUACAACAACACAUAGUCCAUGGGAAUGAAGAAGCAGAAGUAGAAGAUGGAAUUGAAAGCAAAGUUGAUUAUGCAAAUUCCAACACAACCCCAUUACUCAAAAAUAAUCAACCACCACAACCGCCAUCGUCCUUGUCUCUCCUUUUCUCCCAAAAAUAUAUUAGAACCACAAUCCUGCUCUGGGUCUUGUACUUUGGAAAUUCAUUUUCCUACUAUGGUAUUAUAUUGCUGACUUCAGAGCUAAGUGCUGGCCAAAUCAAAUGUCACCACUCGGUCUCGAUUUCGAGUUCAGAAAGUGAAAGUGGUAGUGGUGGUGACGGUUCUUCUUCUAGCCUGUAUGUUGAUGUAUUCAUCACAAGCUUAGCUGAAGUUCCAGGGAUUGUUUUGUCAGCCAUCAUUGUUGACAGAAUUGGACGAAAGGUGUCAAUGAUUAUCAUGUUCUUCAUGGCUAGUGUUUUCCUCUUACCAAUGGCAUUCAACUUCAACUUCAACUCUGCUAAUUUAUUAACAACUGGGUUGUUAUUUGGAGCUCGAAUGUGCACUCUAGGGACCUUCACAGUUGCUUGUAUAUACGCUCCAGAGUUGUAUCCAACUCCAAUGAGGGCAACUGGGAGCGGAGUGGCUAGCGCAAUGGGGCGAAUAGGAGGAAUAGUAUGUCCUAUGGUGGCAGUGGGACUUGUGGCGGGUUGCCACCAAACGGCUGCCGUAGUUCUGUUUUUGCUGGUAUUACUUAUCUCUGCGCUCUCUGUUAUGCUCUUUCCAUAUGAAACUAAGGGCCAAAGUUUACAAGACACACUCUCUGCCUCUGCCUCUAGUUCUAGCUCUACCAUUCCCUAGCCCCCUCUAUCACUUUGCUAUUUUUUCCACACCCUAUCUUGUUUUGCAAUUCAACUCAUACUUAUUUUAAUUUAAACUAAAAUAGAUGAGAGUUGAUAUUGAAUUGCACAACUAAUAAUAUGCUAAACUAAAGAUAAGGUUACAAGAAGCUUAAUUUGUGCCUUUGUUGCAUAUAAUCAUAAAACGUUUUCUAUUUUCGGUAAGUGAAGAAAUAAUAAUUUAAUUUUUUUAAA